GAGCUUCGUGAGGAUGUGGAGGCACCGAAUGACCAGAGGGCCAUGUUAGUGGAAGCGGCUCCGGAGUCGACGGCCAAUGAGGAAGAGGAGCCCAUGCCGCUGGUCCAAAACAUCCAGGAAGAGGAGCCCAUGCCGCUGGUCCAAAACAUCCAGGAAGAGGAGCCCAUGCCGCUGGUCCAAAACAUCCAGGAAGAGGAGCCCAUGCCGCUGGUCCAAAACAUCCAGGCGCCCACGAAGCUGGUCGGAGUGGCGAAGGAUGUUUUGGGUCUUGCGGUCUGGGACGACCAGGAAGCUCGGAUGAAGCUGUAUGAAGCAGCGGCGAAGGAGGAGAGGCAUACAAAUCCGGCGACAGCAGCUUGUGAUGACAGGUGCAAAGGCGUUCUCCAGCUGCCAACGGCGGUCCCCGAGGAGAUUGUUGAAGUCCCCCUCGGUGGUAAAUCUCCGAUAGCAAUCUUCGACGAUCUGGCGAGAAUGGACCUCGCCGAGUACCUGACACCUCGGGUGAAGUUCAUCCAGAAGGAGCUUCAUCACAUUGCAGUCCAUUAUUGGAUGAAGCACUCCUGGAAACACAUUGUUCGACUGCUUCCUGGGUAUGGCAUGGAAUUUUGUAGCGGGAAGAACCCGACGAAGCCGGGCUUCUGGGUCGUGAAAGCGCGCGACGGCGACAAAAAGACAAAGCAUUUACCAGAAACCCAAGUGCCAGCUGUUUGGAGGUACUUCCGCACGGAGCACCUCGUGGAGCUUUCGGCUCUGAAGCUCGUGAUCUACAUCCUGGACAGCCUCUACGACAGUAACAAGACCCUUCCGGGAAGCAAUUUGCGGAUAAGCCACGGCGACCACGUGCUGGGAGUACUCGAGAUCGGGGGCGAGCCGUUCAGAGAGCAACCUGUGGAGGAGUUCCGACAGUGGCUCUACCGGCAAGUCUUCCGGCUGCUUCACCUUCAAAGACCCUUCUGUCCUGAGAUUUUCCUGGGACUGAAGAGACUGAGCGAACAGGAGCAGCGCGUGUAUCCGGAUGUUUCAAUGUACUUGGAUUCCAAUCGCUUGCCGCCGGUAUUCACUCACGACAUCAAGGGUGUUCUGAUGAGUUUUGGCUUUGCUGUCGUGCAACGACUUGCAGAGGAAAGGCGAGACGAUGCGUGGGAUUCAGCAUUGAAACUCUUUGGUUCAUGCAGUGAUCUCCUGAUACUCCUGGUUGGCAUCCUCUUCAACCCGGACGUCCUUGUUUGGGUGCUAAAGCAGCUACAAGAAAAGAAAAAACUGAGGCUUCAAGAUCUUCAAGGCGAUGCGAAGAGCUUCAGCGCGCAGCUGAUGCGUGUUCUCAGGCCACCGGCCCUGCGAUGGUCAAAUGGCAGCGGAGAAGAGAUCUUUAGAGCCUUCAAAGUGAACACCCCGCCGCUUGCUGGGCCGUCUCCGGUGACCUUGAGUCCACUCUUGGAGAAGUUGAGCCCGAAACCAGACCCCUCCCAAGUGCCCGAGCUCCUUUACAUCCACGUCGAGGGAGAUGUUGCCCGCUGGCACAAGGAGAUUUUGUUGGAGGACUUCGAGAUGAUUUUCGCCGGGCGGGACGGGAGUGAAGAGAAGCACCGCUACCGCAUAGUCUCCGGUGCCUCGCCGCAGCCCUCGCAGCCCUUCUUCGUCCACGACGGAGACGUCUACGGGGACGUCGAUGGGCUCCCAACGGCCACGCUGCUCUGGGCUGUCCGCGUCCGCGAGGCCCCUGGCGGCGAGGCCCCUGGCGGCGGAGGCGCCGGCGCCUCUCAGUGA